UGAUCUCUAUUUCUCAGUGUGUGAGCUCAGGAAAAUGGCGGAGGCCAGUAUUUCAGUAGAUCAGGAUCAAUUCAUCUGUCCAGUGUGUCUGGAUCUCCUGAAGGAUCCGGUGACUGUCCCGUGUGGUCACAGUUUCUGUAAGGUGUGUAUUAAUGGCUGCUGGGAUCAGGAGUAUCAGAAGAGCGUCUACAGCUGUCCUCAGUGCAGACACACUUUUACUCCAAGGCCUGUUCUACGCAGAAACAACAUGCUGGCUGAAGUGGUGGAAAAACUGAAGAAGAAAACUGAAGUCCAAGCUGCUUCUCCUGACCACUGUUACGCUGGACCUGGAGAUGUGGAGUGUGAUUUCUGCACUGGGAGAAAACGCAAAGCCGUCAAAUCCUGUCUGGUGUGUGUGACUUCUUUUUGUGAAAUUCAUCUAAAAGCUCAUCUAGAAAUUCCUGCUUUGAAAAAACACACAUUAACUGAAGCCUCAGUAAAGCUACAAGAGAAAAUCUGCUCUGAACAUAACAAGCUGAUUGAGAUCUUCUGCAGAACUGAUCAAAUAUCCAUUUGCUCUUUGUGCAUGUUGGAUAAACAUAAAGGCCAUGACGCUGUAUCAGUUGCAGCAGGAAGAGCUGAGAAACAGAGUAAGUUAAAGGAGCAGCAGAUGAAAUUCCAGCAGAGAAUCCAGGAGAAGCAGAAGAAGGUGCAGGAGCUGAAACAGGCUGUGAACACUAUAAAGCUCAGUGCACAGACAGCAGUGGAGGACAGUGAGAAGAUCUUUACUGAGAUGAUCAGCUCCAUGGAGAAAAAGCGCUCAGAGGUGAAGGAGAUGAUCAGAGCUCAGGAGGAGGCUGAACUAAGUCGAGCUGAACGACUCCUGGAGCAACUGGAGCAGGAGAUCGCUGAUCUUCAGAGGAGAGUCACUGAGCUGGAGCAGAUUUUACACACACACGAUCACAUCCAUUUCCUCCAGGUAACACACACUGUCUGAUCUACAGAACCAGCUGUUCCUCACACAGUCUCUAAAACACCUCUCAUUAAGGGAACAAUAAAUGUCCCUGUCUGACAUCACAAGUGUGUCUUUACUCUGAGAUCAUUCGUUCCUCUCUUUUUGUUCACAUU